AUGUCACAGCAGUAUUAUGAACCCUCCCCAGCAGGAGAACCACCACCACAACAUGAGACAGUUCGGAAGCGCCAACGCGUGAGACAGGCCUGCAUCCCGUGCCGAAAGCGCAAGAGAAAGUGCAAUGGCCAAUUUCCGUGCGACUUAUGCCUUGGCUACCAACAUCAGUGCGCGUACGAUAAUACUACUAGACCUAGCUCUUCAAAUCCCCCAUCUAAUUAUGAGGGACCAUCAGCCUCGCCACCCGCCAAUGCCUCACGUCAGGCCCAGGCACAGACUGCCCCAAAGCAAUACGCGAACUCGUCUAUCCUGCCCGGAGUUCUUGCACCACCAAAGCCUCGCUAUGUGGGAAGGCAUUCAUCUGUGGCAUUCCCUCUCUACACUGGACUGGAGGUUCAGGCGACCAAGCUUCCGCGCUUGCACUCCUUCGGCUACCAUGCGGGUGUUCGGCGGGAACCGGAAUGCGCAGUAACUCAUGCAGUGGCCGACAGGAUUCCAUGGCGACUGGCCAGCGUACUGAUCCAUGUUUAUGCGACCGUAAUACACCCCGUCUUCGGCUUUCUCAAUCUCAAUGCUGUGAACGCGCUCUGUGAGAAACAUUGGUCUGGGGAGCAACAGGAUAUGAUUUUCGAAGCGAUGAUCUGCGGCAUCAUUGCGAUGGGCUCCCUCUUCAGUGACGUACUGGAUGAAGAGACCGAAAUGUGGGUCGUUUUGCAUGCAAAGGAGAUCCUGGAAGACGCUGCCAUUAGCCGUUUCCCAAGCGUUGAAAGCAUCGCAGCGUGGAUCCUUCGCACGCUCUACCUGAGAUCAGCAGGACUGCACCAGGCGCCAGAAUUCCAGAUGCAGGCCACAGGAAACAGCGCCCCAGAUGGCGAACUGAUCAAUAUUGUCAAUCGGACUGCGCAGGUUGCUAAUGCUGUGCAUUUCCUCAUUGCUUUCGAGUAUGGCCGUUCCAUAAUGACUCUGAAUCGCCGGGCACCAGAAAUAGCCCCCCAGGCUAAUGGAGAAGCGGAUUUCACCUCCCAAUUAUGCAGCCUCGUAGCUGCCAUGCCCACUAACCAGGACACAGGGGACCUGGCAGACCUCAUGAACGAGCUCUUGCGCGCUUUGGAGGCCAUGUCUGAAUUGACUCUCAAGCACGAUUUUCUUCUCCUCGUACGAGCAGAUAUAUCCCUGGGGAUCUACCGUCGCCUCCGGGUCAUGGAUCCGAGCUUCCAACGAGGCCAGAACGAGCUGGUAAUGAAGGCGGGCUCGGCUGCGCUGCCUGCUGCCGAAAGACUAGCAAGUCUGAAGCAGCCGUGGUGGAACGUGGUCGGGUCGGUCUUCCAGUUCGCCUGUGCCCUGCUUGUCAUGGAUACAAAUGACAGCUGUGAGAAGCUCGGUGAGACCAUGCGUGCGUUGGAGUUCAUCGUUAGUCGUUUCAACACGCAUCUGGCGAAGGAGGCGCUCGGUACAGCCCGGCAGCUGAUCACGGCCUCGUUGAAUAAAAAGCGAAAGAGCGUGGAGGCCCUUGAAAGAGCUGUCGGGCCGUGUUCCCCGGGGAUCGCAUCUGAGGCUGCUCAGGUCCCGCAAAACAUGGACUUCCUGAGUCCGUCGCUCAUGCCUGAGCUGCCCGUAGAUGUGGAGCAAUGUGGGCCAUGGAGUUCCAGCUUCCCUGAGCUCCAUGGUCUUUCAGGCAGAAUUACGAGGCAUGAGUGA